AUGUCACCUUCCUCCGACGGUCGCCUCUCAAUAUCACAGAAAUUAUCCGACCGUAUGGCGGAGGCAUACGACCUCAAGAAGUGGGGGAAGAUGGCUGUUUACGGGUGGGCGUGUGAAAUUUUAGACCUCAUGUUCAGAAUUCCCACCGCUUAUGGUGUGUCACUCUGGGUUUCAGAAGCAUAUCACAAUCUUCGAAUAACCAUAGCUCGAAAACUGGCCGGGAUAGCAUCACUAACCGUUCCUUUAGUCGAUGAAAACGCCUUCGACUACAAAGUAUGCACCACAACGAGCUCGACUUCGAGUUUGCUAGAGGAGCCUGAACAAUUUUUCUCCGACGAUUGGGAGAGAGAUCCGCUGAUCUUCAAGUGUGUCCUGUCAAAUGAUGUUGGGGGUAAUAUUCUCCAUCGCCCUUGUGAUGAUGUCGAGGGUAAUAGUGUCCAUGGCCAUUGUGGUCAGUUGUGCCUGGCAUUCAAACGUCGAUUACCCCAUACUUCGCAGAGGUUAUCGAAAAGGAAGAGAGAAAAGAGUAUUCCCCCUGAAGACCCCGCAAUUGCACUACAUGGUGCGCCAUCGAGCACGCAGUCGCACCGCGGAACCAUGGCGCCUCAUCAUCCCUUUUACAUGAACUCUCACCAACCCCAAGGUCAUACACACACCGAGACCUGGGAACCGCCUUAUAGUUUCUACCUCCAAGGAGCGACGUGUCAGCCCUUGGAGAGCACGUUACCACUACCACAAUAUCAGGCCCAGCAACAACAUCAUCUACAACGGGCCCUUGCGGCCCAAAGCCCGACCACGCAAUCCACACAAUCAACACCUGCUCUAUCCUUCGACUCGUCACCCAACCAAUAUUCCGACAUGGAAGGCUUAGGGUUGGACUACGACAUUUUGAACAAUCUCAGCUACCUAGAUGACUUUGACUACGACAGCAACCUGGUUAGCUUUGAGAACGACAGCUACCGCGACUCCGUCUUGUUCCCAUCCGAAGAAAGUUUCAUCCUACCACCUUUCACGGAUGCCAAUCUAUUCCCAGCACUUGAUUCCCAGUCGCCGCCAGACGGUCCUGUCCUUUUACCAACACACAAACACCGCUGCCAGUUCGGAGACUGCACCGAGUCAUUCGCACGCCCCUGUGAAUUAAAGCGGCAUGAAUACAAGCACACAAAACCAUUCAUAUGCCCGCAAUGCGGCCGCCCUUUCGCCGAGAAGCGACGCUGCAUUCAGCACGUCCAGGCAGUGCAUGGCCUGGCGACUGACGAGGAGAAGGUUAAGUGUCAUUUGUGCAAGUACAGCCACGUCCGGCCGGACGCGGUGAAGAGGCAUCUGAAGCUGAAGCACGGAGUUGGAGAGAAGUCGGAAGGCUCGCCUUCUACCGUGGGAUCAGGGGAGCAAUCUGACGGAGAGUCACGACCGGGGAAGAGGAGGAAAGUGAGCGAGGUCUGA